GGAGAGAAGGAGGAUAAGGAAGAGGAGGAAGAAAAGACACUGAUAUUUUCUUUAAGUCAAAACAAAGAAAAGAAAAGAAAGGAAAAGAAAGAAAGGAAGAAAAUAAAGAAAAACAAACAUUCUGGAAAACAAAGAAAAAAGAAAAUAAAGAAAGAUUGAAAGAAAGAAGGAAAGAAAAAAACAUAAGAAAGAAUAAGAAAGAAAAAGAAAGAAAAUCACAAGGAAAACAAGUGACGAUAAGAGGAAGGAAAGAAAAACAAGAAAAAACAAGAAAACAAAAAAGUGGAUUCAGAACCCAAACACAAGGGAAUCCAAUCCUCUUUACAAUCCUCUUCGAUCCUCUUUAACUUCCUCUUCGAUCCCCUUCACGAUGGGUAUCAGGCGGACCUUAGGAGAGUUGGGGGAGUAUAAGGAAGCCCUGAUCCUCCUUUUAACACCCGUGAUCCUCUGCUUCAUUCCAGUCCUCGCUCCAUUCUCAGAGGCGAGAUGCGGUUACGUCAUCCUUAUCAUGGCUGUCUUCUGGGGGACGGAGGCUGUCCCUGUGGCAGUGACAGCGCUCAUCCCUGUCUUCGCCUUACCCUUAUUGGGCAUCCUGUCUACCGGGGACGUCUGUAUCGUGUAUAUUAAGGAGACGAAUAUGAUGUUCCUCGGAGGCCUCACUGUUGCCAUAGCGGUAGAGCAUUGCAACCUCCAUAGAAGAAUUGCUCUGCGGGUGAUUCUGCUUGUCGGUCAGUCCCCCCGCAGUCUCAUGGCCGGGUUCAUGUUCACCACCAUGUUCCUGUCCAUGUGGAUUUCGAACACGGCCACAACAGCCAUGAUGGUACCGAUUGUGGACGCAAUAUUAGUGGAGUUGUAUUCGUCAAGGGAGGUCAACGAAAACACGACCCACACGAUUGAGAUGGACAUGAGCAUCGCGCCGGCCAAGUCGAGUCAAAUGGAUCUGGUACAACAGGACGCGAGCGACUACAGUAAGAGCGAGAAAGUGGAGCCUUACCCCUCUCUCGACAACCUCUCCACCAUCACCACCGUCGCCAACCCAUCCACAAAGUACCAGAAGGAAAAUGAAGCUCUCAGUACCACGGGCGUUACCACCACUCCACCGGACUCCACCUCCCGCGCUCUCAGGGACAUGUGCUUCCUGGCCACGGCAUAUUCGGCUAACAUAGGCGGCACUGGAUCGCUGACAGGCACCGGGCCGAAUCUUGUAGUGAAAGGCGUUUUGGCAAGCUCAUACUCCGAACCCACGGGACUCAAUUUUCUGACGUGGAUGAUGUUUAACGUACCUGGGAUGCUGAUCUGUGUGAUUCUGGCCUGGGUGUGGCUGCAGAUCCGAUACUUGGGGCUCUUCAGGAAAAAGACCGAACUCGCGCAGGAGGUCCCGGAGGAGAGAAAGAGAGCAGUGAAGCAGUUUGUGGAGCAGAAGUACAGAGACCUGGGCCCAGUUCGAUUCCAGGAGGUGGUGGUGCUGGUUCUCUUUAUCAUCCUCGUCUUCCUGUGCCUGUUCCGAGCUCCUGAUUUCAUCGAGGGAUGGGCCGGCUACUUCGAACAUACCUUUGGCGUGGAAGUGGAUGACGCAACACCCGCCAUGUUCAUUGUGUUCCUUCUCUUCUGCUUCUCUACAAAACUGAACUUCUGGUGUUUCAGGAAGCCCGGAGACCCGCCUAAGGACCCCAAGGACAAGAAUGAGGUGCUCACUUGGAAGGUAGUACAGGAGAAGAUUCCCUGGGGCGUCGUACUACUGCUGGGAGGUGGUUUCGCUAUGGCCGAGGGGAGCAAGGCGUCGGGGCUCUCAAAAUGGUUAGGCGAGCAGCUGUACGUAUUCAAUGGCGUGAAUAAAGGGGUGAUUGUCCUGAUCGUGACGCUCAUGGUGGCCAUGCUGACGGAGGUGGCGUCUAACUCGGCCACGGCUUCAAUUAUACUGCCCGUCCUGAAUGAGCUGGCUCUCAAUAUCAACGUGAACCCGCUCUACCUGAUGCUUCCCGCCGCUGUCUGCUGCUCCUACGCCUUCAUGCUGCCCGUGGCCACGCCUCCCAACGCUAUCGUCUUCAGCGUCGCCGAUAUGAAGAGCAGCGAGAUGAUGAAGGCCGGAAUUGUGAUGAACAUUGUGUGCGUCUUGGUGUUGAAUGUGAUGAUCAACACCCUUGGAGUGGUGAUAUUUGACCUCAACACCAUGCCCGCGUGGACCAACUCAAGCCUCACCCACACCUUCUGAAGAUGAUGGAGUUGACCAGUGGUGUUGAAGGGUCAACACCACUUUUCUUCAUCACCAUUUGUUUUUCCUUCACUACUGUUGUCAUCACCACUAUUUUUUUCUAGGUCACUUUCGCUCGUGGUGGUGAUGGUGGUGGUGAUGAAGCUGUACUCACCACCAUCACCACUACCAUGUGACGUCAUUCUCUGUGUCAUCACCAUUCUUACGAUUUUCAUCACCACUUUUUAUAUACAGCGUCAUUUGUCCAGGGUGGUGAUGGUGGUGGUGAUUGAUGUUGUUAUCGUCAUCACUCACUCCUUUUGGUGAUGAGUGGGGGUGGUGAAUCAGCUAUGUCACCACCACCAUCACCACCACUACCACCACCGUCAUCACUAUACCCAUAUCAUCACACUUUCGUAAUAGCACAAUAUCACACGACUUCCUGGUGGUGGUGGAGGUGGUGAUGGUGGUGAUGAGAGUGGUGUUACGUGUCAUCACCACCUUUUGGGCUGAUCCAUCACCACCACCACCACCACCUCCAUGGGAUACGAACUAGUGUACACACACACACACACACACACACACGUAAACAUACACUCACACACGCACACACGUACACACGCUCACAAGUCUAAACGAAUACUGAACUCUCUCUCUCUCUCUCUCUCUCUCUCUCUCUCAGGCGGCAGGUUUUUUUGCGAUAACUACCACGUGCGAGGCAAGUGAUGGUCACGCCGUUGGUGGGAGAGAGAGAGAGAGAGAGAGAGAGAGAGAGAGAGAGAGAGAGAGAGAGAGAGAGAGAGAGAGAGAGAGAGAGAGAGAGAGAGAGAGAGUAAAAAAAACUGUGCAUAUUUAAUUAAGACACGCAUCCAACGUCUUUCUGUUUGUAAUGACUGGACGGGUAGUCACCUCGGCUAGGGGAGGUAUAUGCGUGCAUGAUAAGGACGGUGACAGCAGUGUUUAGCGAUAGUGGUCUUAAUAGAUAUCACAAAACUGAAAUAGUUUUGUUACUGUUGGGUUCAGGCACUGUUGUUGUUGUUGUUGUUGAAGCUGAAUAAUUGUAUAUAAUAAUUGUAUCUUUAUUAAUAGCAUCCUAUGUUUUUUUUAUAAAGCCGUCAAUGAAUCUAAAGAAAAUUCAAUUAAUUGCUGCUGAAAAAAAGUGUGUAUUAGCCAGGCAGACCCUGGCAGGGGGAGUGUGGGCCGAUGGCAGCCAAGAAAUAUCAUGAAUACUUCGCUCGUAGGGGGGAGGGGGGAGGGCAGAGCACCCUGAAAGAGACAACAGUUAUAGACUCGCUUGUCUUUUAGAGGUCUUGAGGGAUACGAGGUAAGAGCACGCCCUCCCCAGCGGGCCUGACUCAGGGGCGGCAAAGGACAGCUGGCUGUGCACGUGCGGCCCCCCGAGCCCCGCAACACAGUGUUCUCUAGGCAAGGGCUCGGCAACCCGUGGUGCUGGAGGAGACUUUCAUUGUUUCAACGAGAAAAUAAAUCUGUUAGUGAGGCGGAAGGCAAAAUUUUGGCUCAAAAACAUAACUAUCUCAGAAAGAAGAGAACACGCUCAACAGCCCAAAGUGUAUUGUAGCCUUCUGCUGCCUCAGGGCGUCUCCAAAGUUACCGAAGCAAUCAACCGUUGCCUGGAUAGUGCUGCCGUGCAUGACACCCUCGCCGUGACGGGCGAAAUAAUUGUUAGGAGGCCCGUGAGCCGUGAGCCGCAGCCUGCCGCCGCCCCGUCGGACACACUCACGCCCGCCGCACCAGUCUGCCGCCGCCCCGCCGGACACACAACCGCCCGCCGGGCCCAACGCCGCGGGCGUCGCUGGCCGCCUGGGGCGUGGUGCCGUGCCGAUGUUGUGUUGCGAACAAUGGAGGCGUGAGAUACUUGUUUUGUGUUGGGAAAAGAUUAUAGGAAAAAUAUAUUUUACUUUUAAAAA